UUUUCUUUUUCCGUAAUCUUGUCUCGGAAAUUCGACAAUGGCGUCAGCGAAGCUUUCGGGUCCUCCGGGCGUAAGCCCUGAAGACGAUGGAGAAGACCAAGCCGACAUAGUACCGGUUUCCGAAACGGAUGGUGAAACUGUGGCUUUUCCUGUCUUCUACCAAACGGACAGCCGUGCUUGCAAUCCUUAUUACCCCUUCUCCGACUCCAACUCCGAUUCUGGUUCCGUGUCUUGUCCUGAUGCAGGACCCGAUCCGGAUGGUUCUUUCAUCGAUUUCUUUGACGAGUCUUACGAGGUUGGCGCGGUCGAGGAGUUUUAUUCGGACCCGGAUCCAGGGCUCCGGAUUGUCGGUGAUUUCAAUCUAUGGGGCUUUCCCGAUGAGGAGGAAGACGACGUGGCGGAGCUUGGUCUGGGACUCGGGUUAGGGCCGGGAACCGGGUCUGAUCAGCAGCGCGGUGAUUCGGGCGGGCAAGGGCUUCGCGUAACCGGUAUUGAUUCGGAUUCAGACUUCGAAGAUGGUGUCUUUGAUUUGAAUGCUAGCGACGAUGGUAAUGGGGCGAACGCGUCGGGUCGGGUCGUCGAUGGUACGGGUACUCCUCCUGUUUGGGACAGCUUCUUUGGUGAGGAAGCCGUCGUGACUAAUGAAGAACUGGAGUGGGAGGAAGUGCAGAACGCGAUCACUUGGACACAUGAGCCGGUCGAAGUUAGGGUUCUUAACAGACCCGAAGAAGAGGAGGAACUGUCUUCGUCGUCCAGAAUUUCAUCCAGGGAUGAUCACGAGCACGAUCUCGAUUGGCAGGUUUUAUUAGCAGUUAACAAUGUUGUGAAUUAUAUAGAACAAGCUGAAGGGAUAAGCAUUACCGCUGAUGAUAUUGAUGCGAAUUACUACAUGUAUUUAGCUAGUAUUGAUGAAUAUGGUGAAAAUCAUGGAGAUUUCGAUGCUAUUUUCGGGCAAAUGUUGGAUACUGACACUGGAAUUAGCGGAAGUCCACCUGCAGCCAAAAGGGUAGUGGAGGAUCUUCCUCUCGUGGAACUUACAGUGGAUGAUUUGGGGAAAGGUGAUAUCGUUUGUGCUGUUUGCAAGGAUGAAAUGGCCAUUGAGGAGAAAGUGAGGAGGCUUCCUUGUAGGCAUUUCUAUCAUGAGGAUUGUAUUCUGCCAUGGUUGGGGAUAAGGAAUACUUGCCCGGUUUGCCGGCAUGAGCUUCCUACUGAUGACCCUGAGUAUGAAAGCGCUAGGAGACUGCAAAGGAGUGGCAGUGGCUUGGCAAGAGAGCUGUCGGGUAGAUAGGGUUUCUGAAUUUUGAAGUGUUGUAAUUGGUUGCUAGCAGAUACAACAAGUUCCUGAACUGGUUUGUCUUGGGUAAUUGUCUGUCAUGAAUGUGAUAUUUUCCUGGUUAAUAUGUUGUAUAUAUCCUGUUGUGAAGGAAAUCCUUUUGCAGCCGUAUCUUGUGAAUGCUUUUGUAUUUAGUUAGGCUUAAUGUGAUAUCUUCCUGAUUUGGGAUGUGUUUACAUA